GUGUGUGGCGGCCUGGGCUCUGCCGCUUGUGCGGCGGACUCGGCAGGUCGUGCUGCGGGGCUUCCCGAGCAACGCCUUGCGGGCCAAGGCGAUCCGGGAGGCUCAGGUAAUCGGCGGAGGCAUGUGACUGACUUUCGCCUCUUGGACCCGCUGAAGUUACUAAAAGUUACACUGUGUAUCUGGGGUGGCAGUGUGGAUAGAGGAGGCACUGACACUUGUGCCCACGCCUGUCAGGAACCGAAACGUUAGAAAUGGAGCAGCCAUACGUGCUGUGCAGCGAGGAGCCCAGUCAAGCCCACGACGAGGAUGAGCUGAUCUUUGUAGGGGUUGAGCAUGGGCGUGACGACCCCGAAUUGAUCUUCGUUGGAGCGAGUUCAAGUUCAAAACCUGCUAAUUCGAACAUUUUGAACAGGGUCACCCCAGGUUCACGGUUGAAAAGAAAACGAAACUGCCUAACAACAGCUGCUCCUCCAAGACAGCAGCGCGCAGGUCCUGCAGCCCCCAGCUCGGAUGCAGUGAUCGUCUUGCCGGAGUCUCCCACUGAGUCAAGGUCAACAGAUAGUCCUAUUAUUAUUGACCCUUUGUCUGAACCUGACUGUAGAAGUAAUUCACCACAGAUCGUGCCUGAAAGCUCCUCAGAGGGCUCCCCUUUGGUUAUAACCUCCAGCUCGAAGCCUCGUCCAGUAAGGGCAGCACCUUCAGCAGGAGAUUUAAAUGAGAGUCCUUAUGUAUCGAAGUGCCAUUCUUCUGCAGUCAAUGUCAUAAAUCCGCAGAGGCCUGAAAUUAUUGAAAUUGAAGAAGACCAUUCAUCAGCAUUGUCUCCUUCGGGUACUUUCCAUACCCUGAGUCCCCAGCCGAGUCCAUGCUCCAGAGAUGUUCCCAGAUCUCUUAACCACGUUGUGAACGGAGCCCCCCUUCCAGUCCUCCGCAUCAGUCCCUCUAACGUACACCCUCACCAGGAGAAAGGACCGGCAGGAGUGGGCUUUUCAAGUCUAGUCGGUCUAGAGACCUUGGAUCCCAGGAAGGGAAGUUUGACCUUGUUACUUAGUGACUUUUAUUAUGGACAGCAUAGAGGAGAUGGGCAGCCAGAGCAGAAGACUCACACGACCUUCAAAUGCCCCGAGUGCUUGAAAGCGCUAAAAAACGUCAAGUUUAUGAAUCAUGCCAAACAUCACUUGGAACUCGAGAGGCAAGGGAACGACGGCUGGGAGACUCACACCACCUGCCAGCACUGCCACCGCCAGUUCCCCUCCCCCUUCCAGCUGGAGUGUCACGUUGACCGUGUGCACACCGCCCCCGACCCCACUACGGUCUGCAGAAUCUGUGACCUGUCGUUUGAGACAGACCACGUUCUGUUACAGCACAUGAAGGACAAUCAUAAGCCCGGGGAGAUGCCCUAUGUGUGCCAGAUCUGUAACUACAGGUCGUCCGCCUUUGCCGACGUGGAGACACAUUUUAGGAAGUGCCAUGUCAACACUAAGAACCUACUGUGUCCGUUUUGUCUUAAGAUCUUCAAAACUGCCACGCCAUACAUGAGUCACUACAGGGGCCACUGGGAAAGAAGCGGUCACCAGUGUUCCAAGUGUCGGCUGCAGUUUUUAACCUUCAAGGAGAAAAUGGAGCAUAAGACGUGGUGUCACCAAACGUUUAAGAAGCCUCAGCAGCUAGAAGGGCUGCCUCCUGAUACCAAGGUUGUCAUUAAGGUGUCCACGGAGCCUGUGCAGUCAGAAUCUGGGAAGUCUGGGAAAGUAGCAUCAAUCACUGUGAGCACAACUGACUGGGAACCAUCUUCCCCCAGAUCUCAAGGUAGACCUUCAAAAAGGCCCCACUGAUCUAAGUCAACCCAAACCCUUCCUAGAGAUGAGAGUCCAAGCUAUACAUUUGUUAUUCAUAAGUGAACUUUUUUUCUUAAAAAAUUGUGAUAAUGCAGGGUUUUUGUUGGUUUGUUUUUAUUUUGUGAGGGUUUAUUUUGUUCUGUUUUAGUGCUGGGACUGGAUCCAGGGCCUCCCAAAUAAUAAGCAAGUUCUCUAUCACCCCAUUCUCUGACCUACAGUAUUUAC